AUGUUAAAGCGGAUAGCUCCUUCUGUUCGCGGUCUUCGCACAACAUACAGGCUACUAUCAAGUGACGGCAAGGAUAGUGAAGGAGGGAGUAAGAAGCCUCCCUUGAGUACCAAACAAGUCCUCGGUGAUGAUUUGUUGGAUGCAGUGAACUCUGUUGCAGAAGACUUGCACAAAGAUGAUCCAGCGGCAAAGAAGGAGUUUACUCCGCUUUCCCGCUAUGCAUCUGCGAACAGAAAUGCCGCUGAACGUGAAAGUGGCCAUUGA